AGUUUUUAUUUUACUCCAUUCAUAACAAAACUGUGGUCAACAUGCUAAAUACGUUUUCAGUGCUCUCUCCUCACUUGAAAUUCAAAAACAAAUUCGUUUCUAUCGAUAACUUGGCUUUCAAGUUCCACUACCGAGCUACGUUUACAUUAUUGCUUGUUUGUACAUUGUUAGUGACAUCAAGGCAGUACAUUGGCGAACAUAUCAGAUGCAUAACUGGUGGAUCAAUUCCAGAACAUGUUAUAAACACAUUCUGUUUCUUUACGACUACUUUCACGGUAGUGAGACUAUUCAAUGAAUCAAUGCUGCAAGCUGGCUCCAUUCCUCACCCCGGUGUUGGACACAUGAGCACCGAAGAGCCCGUGAAGCACCAUGCGUACUACCAGUGGGUUCCGUUUGUGCUGUUUCUGCAAGCUAUUAUGUUUUAUGGACCGCAUUAUCUAUGGCGAACUUUGGAAGGAGGAAAAAUCAAACGGCUUGUAGACGGACUGAAAAUGGUGGAAAUAUCAAAUUUCUACGAGCGAAACAAUAGCAUAACAUUUGAAACGAAAUACACACUACGAUCCAAAUUUGAAUUGAAUAAAAAAUUGGAUAUAGCACGUGACGCGUUUCACAAACACAUCUUAAUUAAUCAGUUAUGGGCUUUCAAGCUAGUAUUCUGUGAAACGCUAAAUCUACUUAACGUGCUAACACAAGUUUGGUUCACCAAUAAAUUUCUUAGUGGGCGUUUCUAUCAUCUCGGAUUAGAUUUCAUCGAAGAAGAUUUUACUGGAACAAUGGAUGUAUUGGAUACAGUCUUCCCUAAAGUGACAAAAUGUCACUUUCAUAAGUAUGGACCUUCUGGUACAAUUCAAAAACACGAUGCCCUAUGUGUGAUGGCUUUGAACGUAAUCAAUGAAAAGAUUUUCACGUUCCUGUGGUUUUGGUACGCAAUUGUUAUUAUUGUGUCUAUUAGUGCACUAAUAUGGAGAUUGAUUACAUUAUGGCAACAUAGCAGAUUCGCAGUAUGUGUAAUUAUAUUAACAGUCGAAGCAAGGAUACAGAUACAUGACUUAAAUCGAAAUCCUUUGGUAAUAAUACCAUUAGGAAAAGCGAAAAUUAAAUUAGGAUAUGUAAGAAUUAUUCAACCCAUUAGUUUUUUUGAAAUUGGAACAACAAUUAUCAAAUUUGAAAAAAUCAUUGAAAACAAUGUUUAUAAUCAUCAAUUGUAUACAUUAUUACAAAAUAAGUACUUACUAUUGACUCAUACAUAUUAUAAAUUGGUUCCUCACACAUAUCGCCAAAAGAGAUGGGACAGCAUUGGAAAAGUGCUGAAAUGGGUAGCUGGAACUCCUGAUGCAGAAGAUUUGAAAACAAUCAACAACACCAUGAAUGACCUCAUCGAAAGUAACAAUCAACAAGUAUUAAUCAACCAGGCGAUUAAUUCCAGAAUGCAACAUUUAAAUAAAAUGGCGAAUGAUCUAUUACAAUUGGAUUCUAAAUCAAAAGAAUAACAAGUCGUCGAGAUGAAUUUACUGCAGAUAAUUUUGAAUCUAGAUGCAACACAACAUCAAAUCGAAAUACUUGAAGAUGCUGUACUCCUUGCCAAACAUGGAAUUCCCAGUAGUCGAAUUUUAUCAAUUAAAGAUUUCUUAAAGAUUAAGACAUUUUUGAUCGAACAAAACAUCCCAGUCACUUCAUUUGAAAAUAUGCUGACAAAAGCUACAGCACAAGUUGCUAUGAAUAAAACUCAUGUGAUCUAUAUGCUAAAAAUUCCACAGUUAUCAAA